AUGGAGAGCGGAUCCGAGACCCAGAUGGAUUUGAACAAGAACACUUCUCAUCAGAAUGAUCACUCUAUCAUGGAGAUGGGAUCUGGGAAUUUCGGGUGCGCCCAUUAUAGACGGAGGUGCAAGAUCAGAGCACCUUGCUGUGAUGAGAUAUUCGAUUGCAGGCAUUGCCAUAACGAAUCCAAGAAUACAUUGGAAGUUGAUCCUCUUGAUCGCCAUGACGUUCCUCGCCAUGAUGUGAAAAGGGUCAUCUGUUCCUUGUGCAAUACAGAACAAGAUGUUCAACAGCACUGUAUCCAAUGCGGCGUUUGCAUGGGGAACUAUUUUUGCCCCAAAUGCAAGUUCUUUGAUGAUGAUGUUUCGAAAAAACAGUACCAUUGUGACGAAUGCGGUAUCUGCAGAACUGGAGGCGAGCAGAAUUUUUUCCACUGUAACAAAUGUGAAUGUUGUUACUCAAAAGUGUUGAAGGAUUCACACAAUUGUGUGGAGAAAGCAAUGCAUCAUAAUUGUCCUGUGUGCUUUGAGUUUCUUUUCGACACAAGGGCAGACAUUACUGUCUUGCUAUGUGGACACACUAUACAUUUGGAAUGUGUAAAAGAGAUGGAGCGACAUUGCCAGUAUUCAUGCCCGGUUUGCUCAAAAUCAUAUCGCGAUAUGUCCCGUGUGUGGGAAAAACUUGAUCAGGAGAUUGCUGCAACUCCCAUGCCUCAAAUGUAUCAAAAUAAGAUGGUUUGGAUCCUCUGCAAUGAUUGUGGGCAAACAUCAGAGGUAAAUUUCCACAUUGUAGCACACAAGUGCCUGAAAUGCAACUCCUACAAUACAAGGCAAACACAAGGAGGGCCAGCCUCAUGCUCAUCAAGGAUUACAGAUAUGGUGAGAUGA